AUGAGCUACGGUCCUCCAUCUGGUCCUCCUGGCGCCCCGCCACCGGGCUUUCAUCCUGGUUCUGGCUACCCAGGCGGCCCACCGCCAGGCUGGGCUGGCCCUCCAGCGCAGAUGGGGCCUCCUCCAGUGAUGAGUCCUCCUCCUGGACAAGGUCCCGGUGGUCCAGUUUUAGCUACGAGCUCUGUCGUCGCCGACACGACUGGUGUCUAUGAAGGAGCGCAGUAUCGCAUCGACCACCGCGAUUCGAACAGUAUUCUGCAGAUCACCCUCCAGCAAGGCUACCAGAUCAAGAGUAGGCCAGGAGCAAUGGUGGCAAUGAGUGCAAGUGUUCAGAUCAAAGGCUCUAUGAAGAUUUCACUCAGUAAAAUGAUUACGGGUGGCGAGAUGUCUGAGAGCAAAUACACCGGACCUGGGGAGGUCAUCCUCGCUCCAGAGGUUUGGGGGGAUAUUGUACCCAUCCAGAUCCAGCCGAAUACAAGCUGGUCUGUUGGAAAGGAUGCUUACCUAGCUUGUACCGCCAAUGUCACGAGAUCCACAAAGUCGCAAGGCUUCAUGAAAGGACUCAUGUCCGGUGAAGGCUUCUUCGUCGCCCGCGUUGAAGGUCAAGGUGUCCUCUUUGUUCAGAGCUUGGGAGCCAUCGUACGCCGAGACUUGCGUCCAGGUGAAGAGUGGAUUGUCGAUAAUGGUCACCUUGUGGCUUGGAGUGCAAGUUAUACUAUGGAACGAAUCCAGACGACGGGUGGCGGAUUCCUCUCUGGAUCCCACACUGGCGAAGGAGCAGGGGUCCUGGUACCGUGUAUUUGCAAACGAGAAACCCUCAGAGUCUGGGACAGUGGAUCGCGGCUCAAGUUCCACGACAGGGCUAGAGGUGGAGGUGGGGGAGGAUCCGGUUUCGGCGACUUUGGAUUUUGA